AUGCAAACUGAAACUACGCCACAAGCACUAUCAAGUGACAACUCGCUCUUGGGUAGAGGCUGGACGCAAGUCGCGUCGUUUGACGAGCUGAAUGAGGACGAGUAUGAGGAGGAAGAAGAGGGGAUGGACACGUCUAGCCCAUUUCUGCGAUUGGGUAACCAAAUAUUCAAAGGCGAUAUCACCCCUCUCAUUGGCGAUGAGAUUAUCUGUGGCCACGUCCGAAACCACGAAGACAUCCAUGCCCCCUCACAUCCUCCUGUCAUGAGCACGAAUAACCGUAUUACCUUCCAACCCAUCACUCUCCACGCCAAAAACCGUGCUCCGAUCCACGCCCCCAGUGCCGAAGCGUCAACAUCGGACUAUGCAGUCGCCGGUCCUGGGCCAAGCACUGCAGCUGCCGAAGGAGCAGUGCCCGCCCCACCAAAGAGAAAAGGGCGGCAUAGGAGAGUAAUUGAGAGACCAGAGGACCUGAAUACGUUUGAUCUGGAGGCUAUGGGGAAGCAUCAAACUGUUGAGCUCGGACCGGCGGUGAUGGAACAGCUAGGUAUACCGCCUGGAACUGAUGGCCGAGGAGCGAUAUUGAAGAAGAGAGACUUGGAGCGGGUACUGCUGGGCAUUCCUGAGAGCAAACGGGGUCGCAAGAAGAAGCAGCCUGUUCCCGAGCCCACAGGCAUAUGA